UUCAACAUUAUAAGGAAUACGAAAUACUUGGGCACACACUUGGGUAAAUUUUUUGGGUGAAUUCUCGCAGCCAAAAUGCAGGACAUACGUUUACGCGUCGAACAGCCCAUGUCGCAUGUCUCGCCCACACAAGGACGACGUCCCAUACACUUACUGCCACAAAUUAGCUUAAGUUGCAAUGAACCGCCUUUGGAAGCACACCACCACCUUCAGCCCGGUCAACUGGCCGUGCCGCGCUCACCCAGCUCGGAGGAGGAUAAUUCACCCACGGAAAUGAAUAAUUGUCGGCGCAUGGCCGAUAAACCGCCUUUGGUCAAACGCCUCACAAUGGGUAUGGGUCUGCUGCGCGGCACCGAAGACAGUCGACCGCUUGUACACACAGCCUCAUCCUCACUCAAUUCGGGCUCAUCGCAAACUAUCUCCGAUGGUUAUGUGAACGAAGCGAUCUGUGAACCGGAGAAAAUGAUUACCAACAAGUUCGGCGAUUCUUGUCGGCAAUCUUUGACCGCACUGCCAACGCACGAAGCAGCGCAUAUCGGCCUACAAGAGCACACCGAAUUCAGCUAUAAGAAGAAAUAUUUGCGAGAGACGUGCAGUGCCAACUCCAGCCCAAAGAUGUUUGCGCCUAGCGCGCCGCUACGACUCGACAAUCUCAGCCUGGCAGAGCAACACGAACUGAAGGGCGCUGCAUGGUUUCAAGCCGGUAUCCCGCGUGAGAUCUCGCUAGAGGUGCUGUCGCGGCAAAGUCCCGGCGCAUUUUUGGUGCGACAGAGUAGCACAAAACCCGGCUGUUUUGCAUUGUCGUUACGCGUGCCACCGCCCGCGCCCAAAGUGGCACACUACCUGAUACUGCGUACGCCGCGUGGCUAUAAAAUCAAGGGCUUCACCAAGGAGUUCUCAUCGCUGCGUGCGCUCAUCACUCACCAUUCGGUUAUGCCGGAGCUGCUGCCAGUACCCUUGACCUUGCCACGUCCCACAAAUAUGGGCGCAGGAGCGCCGGGCAGCCGGCAUGGCUCACGAGGCAGUGAAUUGGAUGGCUGUGAUGAUUUCGAUACUUAUGGAUCACUUAACGAUUUUCGCAAAAUGAUGGCCGACCUGAAUGUAUGACUUUGGAGUGGCGCAGGAAAUGAGGGCAAGGAGCAGAGGGAGGCAUGUAAACGUGGCGGUGCAGUAAUGGAAACAGCGACAGCAGCGGCAGCAGCAGCAACAGCAGGAACAACAGCAACAGCAGCAUUAACAAGUUGACAACAAAUAUGGUGUUUGAGGAGCUUUUGGUGUGAGCGAAGCUAAUAAAUGAUGCAGAAUAGAGCGCAAUGGAAGGAUGGGUUACAAGAAAUAAAUUAGAGACGAGCAGCAUUGAAGAAACAAAUGAAGGCAAACGAGGCGGGCAGCAUUACUACCAACAUAGCCUCUGCGAAGCCAGUGAAGUCCUAAGGACUCAUGUUGCAGCAAUUGCGAGAACUUGCAUACAUAUAUUUUAAUUGCGCAACAAGUAUGUUAACAAGCUCAUCAAGCAAAAGCUAUCAGCAACGCUAUGUACAGACGGUUAAUGGGCAACCUUUGGCAGUGAGAAGUGUAGCAGAGAACAACAAAAAUGCAAUAAAUAAAAUACAAGUACUAGUUAAGACAGCAAAUGUGGCUUUUGUUGCAUGCAAUGACAGUGACAAUGGCAAUGGCAAUGACAGUCUUAGUAGGUAGCAAAUGUUAAGCUAGCGAACACCUGAGCAUCUCUCCGAUACACCAACAACAUCAAAGUAGGUAUAACCAUUGCAAA